AUAUGUAAAUUAUAGGUACUCGAACUGCGAGAAAUAUUUUUUUUUUAAAAAAAACGAUAUAUUAUAAACCACCUAGUGUCAUCUACGCGAAUAAUUAUUUAGCCAUGUCAGAACCGGGACCUAAUAUAACAAUCGAAGGUACAAAAUCGAUGCCUUGUAUUGAAUUGUCAUCUCCUAUAUUAGAUGAAUCGGACCAUUCGUUUGCGUCUUACAAAAGUUUCAACACGGUUCAUGAACGAGAACCUAUUGAAAUACGUACAAACGUAAAAGCUUUAAUCGACAAACAUAGGUCGUUUCAAGAAAACUUACUAAAUGCUAAAGGUUAUGAUUUCAAAACCAAACAGAAACCAUUUAUCAAUGCUCGUAAAAAUGUAUGUACAUCAAACGAUUGUAUAAAAAUGCAAGGUGACACGAAACAGGUGGAAAACGUCGAAAAUAUUGUGAAAAAUCAUGUGUUUGAAGUUUUUACUGCUCACGUGGUAGAUAAUCCAAACUCACAGCAGAUAGAAAAACAUGCUAUGUUUAAAUCUGAAAAUAUGGAUUUCAAAACUGGACUGACCGAACGUUUUUGGCAAAAUAUUGUUUCUAUGCUUAGCAUUAACAACGCUUACUACCAAUGUUUGAAACAAUUAACAGAUAAACAGAAAUGUAAAACUCUCGAGGACGUAAUACUUCAAGUCAAUUCUACGUUAAAAAUAGCAGGCGAUGAUUUUGAACAAAUCGAAUCAGAAAUCGUCGCCUCUGCCAAGCAGUAUUUGGAAAAGUUCGGCAUCACAUUGGGCAGUAAACUAAACGAGUCAUUAAAGAAAACUUCGCUUUUAAACUACAAUAGCAAGAUGAAUGCGCUUAGAAUGGAGUUAGCCGAAAGUAAGAGGUGCGCACAGAUUGCUGAAAACAGUAUUGCACAACUCCAGAAGGAAAAGAAAGACUUAAUGAACAUAUUGACUAGCAUAGAUUCUGAAAACAUUCACAAAAUAUCGCUGGAAAAACGGCUCGAGGCUGAACAACAGCACAACAACGAACUAAGAGAUUUAAUUAGUAAUAUUUUCGAAAAGAAAAUGCCUCUUACCUAUAACCAACAAAUAUAGCGACUUCAGACAAAUAAAUGUUUUUAAAAUUACAAACGA